CUUCAUCUGGCAUCAAGGGAAGACAUUUUAUAUCUCGGGAGGAGCAACAAGUUCAUCUUGUGAGUCGCGACUGCCGAGCUUCAUAACAAGUAAUAACUAUAACAGAUAGGUAUACAUAUGAAGAUCUAACUGAUAAGCAAUUAACUCCUAUGAAUAUGAGUCAGCAAAGUGAUUCUGCAGAUCCUGAGGAAGUGUGGGAAUCCGAGGAUCUCUAUGAACAAAUAUUAAGUGACACAAAUAUGAGUCAGCCGUGUGAAUCUGCAAAUCUUGAACAGUGUGGAUCCGAGGAUCUCUCUGAUCAAAAAUUAACUGACAUAAAUAUGAGUCAGCCAUGUGGAUACACAAAUCUUGAACUGUAUCAAUCUAAGGAUCCAACUGAUGAGGAAUUAACUGAUAUAAAUAUGAGUGAGCAAAGUGAUUUUGCAGAUCUUGUGUCAAUGCGUGAACCUACUUGUUUAAAAUGUUCCACUCCCGUGAUAAAGAAAGAGUUCAUGUACCUCUAUUCUUUGUCAUUAGGACCUAACUUAACGAAAGCUAGAUUCCUUCAGUGUCUAGAAUAUCUCUUUAAUGAAAGGCGUUAUGGAGAAUUAUUUGAACGCAUGAUUUCUGCCCAGAAGCAUCUUGUGGAUCGGGUGGAUAAAGAACAAAAGUACGCUAGACGAACCGAAAAGAAAUUGGUGGAUGCCUGGAGGAUGUUUGGUGAAUACCUCGAAAAGCUAGUAAAGAAGUUGCAGGAAAAGAAGCCCGAACAGGGAAUAAAGAGAAAGCGCAAGCGAAAUGAGCAAGAUGACGUAUACCAUGUAUCCCUAAGUGUUAGAUGUUGUGAACCCGAGUAUCUCUCUGAUCCAAAAUUAGCCGAUAUAAAUAUGAGUCUGCCAUAUGAAUCUGUAGAUCUUGAAGAGUAUAAAUCUAGGGAACCAACUGAUAGAAAUAUGAGACAACGAAGUGGUUCUGCAGAUCUUGUGGCACAACGUGAACCUACGUCUUUACAAAGUCUCCUUCAAUGCAUUAAAAAGGAAUUUAUUUUCCUUUAUGCAUAUACAGUGGAGGUGAAUUUAAGUAAUUGUGGUUUCCUUCCGGCUAUAGAAAAUUGCUUUAAUGCAAGGCGUUACGAAAAAUUAUUGAAAGAAAUGCUUGGUAGACAGAAAUCUGUCUUGGAACAGUUACAUCUACAUAGAGAUAAAGAAGCUAACAAGAAUUUAAUUUCUCGCUGGAAGAGAUUAGGUGAAAACAUCAAACAGCUGGAAAAAAAGUACCAACGAGUUACUACUCCAAAGCAAGUAAAGCAUAAAUCAGCAGAAUCCACUUUUGCAGGACCAGAAAAUAUAUCCCAAAAUGAUAAAGGAAAUAGCCAAUCAGAGAUUCCCACAGAUGUUAGCCAAUCAGAGAUUCCCACAGAUGUUAGCCAAUCAGAGAUUCCCACAGAUGUUAGAAGUUCUGAACCCGAGGAUCGCCCUGAUCAAGAAUUGGGUGAUAUAAAUGUUAGUCAUCCGUAUCAUUGUUUAAUUCCUCAUCAGUAUAAAUCUAUGGAUCUACCCGGUAGGAUACCUAAUAUAAAUAUAAGUGAGCAAAGUGAUUCUGCAGAUCUUGUGCCACUGCGUGAACCUACGACUUUAAUAGGUAUCAUCCAAUACAUUAAGAAAGAUUUUAUUAUCCUUUAUUCAGAUUCAAUGGAGCUGACUAUGACUAACGUUGCAGUCCUUGGGUAUAUGGAAAGACUUUUUGCUGAUAAGCGCUACGGAAAAUUGAUGAGACUUAUGCUUUGUGAGCAGAGGAAUGUUUUACGAAUGUUGGAUGAACAAGAAAAAGAUGAUGAAGACUUGAAACGAGUUGUUGAUUGGAUUGAUUUAGGUCGAAGAAUCGAACAGCUGCAAAACCAGUUGCAACCAGGUGCUACUACAAAACUAGUAAAGCGCAAAUUAGCAGAAUCCACUAUUCCAGUACCCGUGAUCAAGAUCAUCAAACGAAAUGAGAAAGAGAACGAAUCACCGAGACCCACAGUUGCUAGAUGUGAUGACGAUUGGGCUAUGAUACAAGAUCUUUCUGACGAUAUAGACAACAUUCACCUGUCUGAGGAAGAAGAGGAAGAAGAGGAAGAACCUCUGUAAAUUCGUCUUGUACUUUAUAAAAAGAUUUGAACGAAGAUCUUUAUGUCUUCUCAAAUAUUUUUUUUAAAUGUGAAAUGAGCUUUUGUGCAUAUCGAGAAAUUUUUAUUAAAAUUAUUGAAUAAUUAUGACGUAAUUUUACAUGACAUUUUCUGUGAAUGACAGUAAUGUGUAAAAGUCAGUACAUCAUUUGAGGUUUGACGAAAUUUUCUUGAAAAUGCUGUUCAUUCUGAAGAUUUAAUGUCUUGCUUCUUCCCAUUUUGCUUAAAAAAAGCUUUUUAUUUCUGUCAUUCUAUACACAUUGGAAAAAAAAUUAACGAAAAAUUAUCUUUUACUUUUCGAAAGGAAUAGUAAUAUGAAUCAAAUGUGUGAAUUGUCCGAAGAGUGAAUUUCAUAGUAUAAUUUGUAUUCGAAGUUUUUUUAAUGUAUAUUAUGCUUUGUGAAAAGGCAUUUCUUCUUCAUCAUCAUUUUCUUAAAGAAGUAUUCACUAAUAUGUGUAUACGAAACCUCUAAAUUUUUAUAAUUUUCACUGCAGAAGCAUUUUACUGUAUUUUAAAUCAACAGAUCAUGAAUAAACAUUUUCUUUUCAACGAGUUUAUGUGAGCCACAAUUUUUCUUUCUUCUUGAAGAUAUAUCUUCAAGAUUCUACUGUCUGAGAAACAACCUCUGUAAAUUCGUCUUGUACUUCACAAAAAGAUUUGAACGAAGCUCUUGUAUGUCUUCUGAAAUAAUUUUUUUUAAUGUGAAAUGAGCUUUCGUAUAUAUCGUGAAAUUUUUAUUGAAAUUAUUGAAUAACUAUAAUAUUUUAAAUUAUUGAAUAACUAUAGCGUAAUUUUACAUGACUUUUUCUGUGGAUGACAGUAAUGUGCAAAGGUCUGUACUUCAUUUAUGGUUUGAUGAAAUUUUCUUAAAAAUGCUAUUCAUUCUGUAUAUGAUGAUGCUAUUGAUGUCUUGCUUCUUCCCAUUAUGCUACUUUCGUAUUAAUGUAGUAUGAUAUGUAGUUAAAAGGUACAGGCCGUAAUUAAUGAUUAUAGUAUGAUAGUUAUAUGGUGAUUAUAGUAUAAUAGUAUGAUUUACCUUUGAUUUUUGUCAUUCUAUGCACAAUGGAAAAAAAAUUAACGAAAAAUUAUCUUUUACUUUUCGAAAGGAAUAAUAAUAUGAAUCAACUGUGUGAAUUGUCCGCGCAGAAGAGUGAAUUUCAUAGUAUCAUUUGUAUUCGAAUUUUCGCUUAAGGAUAUUAUGCGUUGUGAAAAAGCAUUUCUUUUUCAUCAUUAUUUUCUUAAAGAAGCAUUUACUAAUAUGUGUAUAUGAAUCCUCUAAAUUUUUAUAAUUUUCACUGCAGAAGCAUUUUACUGUAUUUUAAAUCAACAGAUCAUGAAUAAACAUUUUCUUUUCAACUAGAGUUUAUGUGAGUCACAUUUUUUCUUUCUUCUUGAAGAUAUGUUCAAGAUUCUACUGUCUGAGAAACAACCUCUGUAAAUUUGUCUUGUACUUUAUUUGUACUUUUAAAUAAUUUUUUUUUAAAUGUGAAAUGAGCUUUUGUAUAUAUCGUGAAUUUUUUAUUUAGAUUAUUGAAUAACUAUAAUACUUUAAAUUAUUGAAUAACUAUAGCGUACUUUUACAUUACUUUUUUUGUGGAUGACAGUAAUGUGCAAAGGUCUGUACAUCAUUUGUGGUUUUAUGAAAUUUUCUUAAAAAUGCUAUUCAUUUUAUAUAUGAUGAUGCUAUUGAUGUAUUGCUUCUUCCCUUUAUGCUACUUUCGUAUUAAUGUAGUAUGAUAUGUAGUUAAAAGGUACAGGUCGUAAUUAAUGAUUAUAGUAUGAUAGUUAUAUGGUGAUUAUAGUAUAAUAGUAUGAUUUACCUUUGAUUUUUGCCAUUCUAUGCACAAUGGAAAAAAAAUUAACGAAAAAUUAUCUUUUACUUUUCGAAAGGAAUAGUAAUAUGAAUCAAAUGUGUGAAUUGUCCGUGCAGAAGAGUGAAUUUCAUAGUAUCGUUUGUAUUCGAAUUUUUGCUUAAGGAUAUUUAUUAUGCGUUGUGAAAAGACAUUUCUUCUUCAUCUUCAUUUUUUUAAAAAGCAUUUACAGAUAUGUGUAUAUGAAAUCUCUAAAUUUUUUAUAAUUUUCAUUGGAAAAACAUUUUACUGUAUUUUAAAUC